AUGGCGUCCUCGGCGACACGCAGCAGCGGCCCCGGCCGCUGGCUGAGCGGCCACUUCACCGUCUGCCUGGCCGUCUAUGACACGCGGCGCGGGCAGGCGGAGGGGUGCGAAGCGGACAAGAUCUUGGGCUUCUACCCGCCCUCGGCGCCGCCGGCGAUGCAGAGCAGCAUUGUGGGCCUGGCGCACGCGGUCACGAUGUUUGCCGGCACCUUUAACAAGGACGGCCGGGUGCACAGCAUGGAGACCGACAACAACCUCUGGGCGAUGCUCAACUGCGAGCCUGGCGUCUGGCUGCUCAUGGUCGCCAGCCGCGCGUGGUGCGGCGCCGCGGCGACGCCCGACGGGCUCGCCGCGUGCCUGCGCACCGUCCACGCCCUGGCGGCGCUGCUGCACGGCGGCGUCAACGCCCAGCUCGAGGCCGACCCAGGCGCCGCCUCGGUGCGGCGGCGGCUGCAGCCGCUACUGCAAGAGGUGGCCUCCCGGCUGCUGCGGCCAGAGACACGCGAGCAGGCAGCCAUCUCCUGCCCGCUGGCGGCCCGCGGCGGCGCGCCGCUGCUGCGCGCGCCGCGCGGCGCGUUCGCGCUGCUGCAGGCCAUCGUGAGCCGGCUGCUGGCGGGCGGCGGCGGCGGCGGCGGCGGGCGGGCGGUGCAGGGGGUGGUCGCGUGCUACGGGCAGCACCUGCUGUGGAGCACGCUCGGGCCCGGGGACACGGCCGCGCUGUUUGCGCUCGCAGCGCGGGGCGUCCUGCCGGCUGUCCGCGCGGGACCGCGGCACCGGACGGCGCGGCCGCCGGUGGGGGCGGCGGCCGCACCGGCUGGCGGGCCCGGCGUGCAGCAGCUGCAGCAUGGGGGCGGCGGAGCGGGCGGCGAGGCGGGAGGCAGCGGCGGCAGCAGCGGCGUGGCGGUGGCGGCGCACAAUCUCAUCAACCCUGCAUACUGGGAGUUGCGGGAGGACGGGCUCGUGCAGCCAGCGGGCACCGCCAACGGCGGCGAGCGCGGCGCAGCGGCGGCCGGGCUGCCCACGGUCUGGCUGCAGGACGGCCAGGAGCCCUCCCGCCUUCUCGUCUGGCACACGGGUCCGCUCGUAUUCCUCAUCCUCCUGCACGAACCCGGCGCGGCCGCCGGCGCCGGCGCCGGCGCCAGCAGCGGCGGCGUGCCCGCGCAGGCAACUGCCGUGGCUGCCGCGGCGGCCGCGCGGCAGCUGCGGGAGCGGGCGCCGCGGCUGGCGGAGCUGCUGCGGGCGGAGCUGCCGGCGAAGCAUGUGUGGCACGUGCCGGGGCUGCGGUACCAUUUCGCAGACGGCCAGGCUGGGACUGAGCGGGCCUCGCCGCUCAGCAAGGUGGGGACGCUGUCGCUCGCGUCCCUGGCAGCGGCGGCGGAUGCGAAGGCGGCCACUGAUUUAGAGGUGGAGAGCCUGGCGGACCCGACCCCCGAGGCCCCCUGGCCGCAUGGCACCGGCGAGGGCAGCGGCCACAUGCGCCGCCGCCACGAGCGGCGCGGCGACAGCGGCGGCGGCGGCGGCGGCAGCGGCCCAGGCGGCCGGGGGCGGGCGCCGCAGCGGCACGUGGAUCCGGGCGCAUGGACGCGCUUCAUGAGAGGCGAGGGCGGCGGGAGUGCUGAGGUGGUGCUGCGCUGCGCGCACGACUGCACGGUCGCCGUCCGCCACGCGUGCUGCGGCGGCGGCGCCGGCGGCAGUAAUGGCGGCGGGGGGUCGUGCGGCUGCGGGGCCGGCGGGGGCCAGCGGCUGGUGGCGGUUGCGGAGGGUGAAAAGGACCGUGCCGGCCUGCCGUCUGUAAUGGGGCAGGUGGACGCGCUCUGCGACAUGGUUUGCCCCGGCGCGCUCGAUGGAGUCUCCUAG